AUGGCCAGUCCGGGCCUGGUCCUGAGGCACAACAAGCCUGAGCUCAUGAGAGAGUUCUUCCACCCUGACAUGGAGGAUGCCCAGAGCUCAGCAGCUGGAGUGCCUGUGAGUCCAUCUGAGUCUGUGCCAAUACCCAAUGUGCCCAUGUCCUCCCAGUCUGAGGUGCCCCAGUCUGUGCCAACACCCAAUGUAUUCGUGUCUCCCCAGUCUGUGGUGCCCCAGUCUGUGGUGCCCCAGUCUGUGCCAAUUCCCAAUAUGUCUGUGUCUCCCCAGUCUGUGAUGCCCCAGUCUGUGGCAAUUCCCAAUGUGUCUGUGGUGCCCCAGUCUGUGAUGCCCCAGUCUGUGGCAAUUCCCAAUGUGUCUGUGGUGCCCCAGUCUGUGAUGCCCCAGUCUGUGCCAACACCCAAUGUGUUUGUGUCUCCCCAGUCUGUGGUGUCUCCCCAGUCUGUGUCAAUUCCCAAUGUGUCUGUGUCUCCCCAGUCUGUGGUGCCCCAGUCUGUGGCAAUUCCCAAUGUGUCCGUGUCUCCCCAGUCUGUGGCAAUUCCCAAUGUGUCCGUGGUGCCCCAGUCUGUGCCAACACCCAAUGUGUCCGUGUCUCCCCAGUCUGUGUCUCCCCAGUCUGUGGCAAUUCCCAAUGUGUCCGUGGUGCCCCAGUCUGUGCCAAUUCCCAAUGUGUCUCCCCAGUCUGUGGUGCCCCAGUCUGUGCCAAUUCCCAAUGUGUCUGUGUCUCCCCAGUCUGUGCCAAUUCCCAAUGUGUCCGUGGUGCCCCAGUCUGUGCCAAUUCCCAAUGUGUCUGUGGUGUCCCAGUCUGUGCCAAUUCCCAAUGUGUCUGUGUCUCCCCAGUCUGUGGUGCCCCAGUCUGUGCCAAUUCCCAAUGUGUCCGUGUCUCCCCAGUCUGUGCCAAUUCCCAAUGUGUCCGUGUCUCCCCAGUCUGUGGUGUCCCAGUCUGUGCCAAUUCCCAAUGUGUUCGUGUCUCCCCAGUCUGUGGUGUCCCAGUCUGUGCCAACACCCAAUGUGUCUGUGUCUCCCCAGUCUGUGCCAAUUCCCAAUGUGUCUGUGUCUCCCCAGUCAGUGGUGCCCCAGUCUGUGCCAAUUCCCAAUGUGUCCGUGGUGCCCCAGUCUGUGCCAAUUCCCAAUGUGUCUGUGUCUUCCCAGUCUGUGCCAAUUCCCAAUGUUUCUUUGUCUAGCCAGUCUGUGGUGCCCCAGUCUGUGCCAACACCCAAUGUGUCUGUGUCUCCCCAGUCUGUGGUGCCCCAGUCUAUGCCAAUACCCAGUGUGUCAGUAUCUCCCCAGUCUGUAGGUAAGGUGUCGGUUGCAGAGAAUGUGUCCAAUCCUUCUGUGUCUUCUAAAAUUGCAGAGGCAGCAAGAGGUGCGGUGGCUGGUGCAUCAGAAAUUUUGAAGUAUUGA